AUGGGAGGAAUCCCUAGAUUUGUUUUGGAAAAAGCCAAUGAUCAAGCUCAACAAGAUAAGCUCCAGAAUGCUAUAGUAAGAGAAAAUGAAAACGAUGAUGAUAUAAGCCAUAAGCUUAUUCAUAUCUCUACGAAUCUCCCAGAAGAAAAUGAUAUAGAUUAG